GUCAUUUUGAGGCCAUAAAUUGACUGAUUUGCAUCAUGGCAACCUCAUAUGUCCACAGAGGACCGUGUGCAGGGUCUCUGGUGGGCCCAUGCAGGAGCUGGCUUGCACCAAGCUCGUCUCUGCGAGCAUGCCGUUCGAUUACACAACAGAGAGGAUUAUGUUGGACUAACAUGGCGCGUUCCUCAAAGCAGCACAGUCUUAGCAGAAAACACGGCAGACAGCAACAGAUGAAGGUGUGCGCUGGCUGGGGAGCUGAGAUUGAGUGGAGCAGAGGCACUAUUGUGGAGACCAGCAAAGCUGCAGAAGGGCUUGUGCGGUUGACGGUAGAUAUUGGUCAGCUAGCAAAAGGGUACACGAAGGGUGGCCAGUAUUUACAGCUGAAAGUGGGUGACAGCAAGCCUGGCUAUUUCGCAAUAGCAUCAGCACCAUCGCCAGAGCGCCCAAUUGAGCUGCUGGUGAAGAAUCAGGGAUCCACAGCUGAGAUCCUCUGUGACAGCAAGCCAGGUGAUGAGGUCGACGUGAGCCCUGUGAUGGGCAAGGGCUUUUCCUUGGAUAGGGCGGCGCCGGAGCAGGCUCCGGACCUUUUCAUUUUUGCUACUGGGACAGGAAUUAGUCCAGUGAAGGCCCUCAUAGAGUCUGGCGAGCUCCAGACGGACAAAAGGAAAUCCGUCCGCCUAUACUACGGGACCUUCAACCCAGACAGCACAGCAUACAGGGAGCUUUUCGCGCAGUGGGAGGAGACUGGUGUCAAGGUCAUCAAUGUCUACUCUGGAUUUGGGGACGGCUACGUACAGCACGUGUUUGAGAAGGAUGGCGGCGUUUCAGAUGGAGAGCACACAGCGGUGAUCCUCUGUGGCCAAAAAGAAAUGGCCGAGGCCAUCACUGCUAUUGUUGAGAAGAAGGGCGUCAAGAAGGACUUUAUCCUGACGAACUUCUGAUCGCAGUGCACAAUGAUAAUUGUUUGACAGCCAGGCUGUCAGCUACACAUUGGUGGGUUCCGAACAGAACAGAGUCUGCUGUUCAACAGUAAACUACGGUGGAGCGCAAGGAGUGUAUUAUUUGGAAGUAACAUUCUGGCACAAGCCUACUGAAGCACGUCUGACUUAGUCGGACAGCUGGCCAGCUAUAGCUACCACUCAUCAUGAUGGUCAAGGAAAGUAUGUGUAAAUGACUUCAAGUUC